UAAUUAUUCAAAACUCUGAUAGAUAUAUGCACAAAAACAUCGGGUAGAAUGACUUAUUUGCCUGUUGUGAAUUUUCCGAGAAAGCGAUUCGGUUAAGUACACAUUCCUCGAAAAACUGUCAGGCAAUGAUCUUUUGUUAAUACGGGUACCAGUCGAAGAGCCAGUUUAUCCAUGGAUGUUCAACAACUGUUUAAAAGCCUCAGGAAGGAAGCUGAAUGUCCUCUGUGCUUAGAGACAGUCAAAGAUCCCAAGAAUCUGCCAUGUUUACACUCAUUCUGUUUGGUAUGCCUCGACAAAAACGCAAACUACGCAAGAAGACAGCUUCAGACAGCAAUCAAAUGUCCGGUUUGUCAGGCUAGUUUUCAAAUCUCUGAAGAAGACACAUUUAGCGGCCUUCCCGCGUCUUUUCAUCUCAACCGACUGGUGGAUCUCCUCGCUCUAACGGAUGGUGGAACAGAGUCCCAACAAUGCGGCAACUGUGAAGAAAACAACCCUACAACUCACUAUUGUUUUGAGUGUCAGAGCUUACUCUGUCGAGCUUGUUUCGAAGCACAUCAACGCAUCAAAGUCACAAGAGGUCACAAAAAUAUCUCUGUCGAGAAUUUUCAAGCAGACGAUGUCGAAAAGUUGAUUCGUAGACCAGUCAUGUGUUCAGAGAAAUAUCAUCAAGAUCAAGCACUUGAAUAUUAUUGUCAAGAUUGUAACGUUUGCACCUGCAUAAAGUGCAGUGUUUUAAGUCAUAAUGGACACACAAUGGUUGAUAUGCAGGAAGUUGCAGAUAAACAAAAGAUGCAAAUAGAUGAGGUUUUGAAGAAAAUGAAAGCGGAGGUUGUUAUUUUUGAAAAUGAAAUGAAGAAUCAAACAGAAUUAAUGAACAAAAACAAAACACAAAUAUCGGCUGCAAGAGAGAAGAUGAACGAAACUGUGGACGAUCGUAUUCGCUUAUUAAAGGAGUAUAAAGCGAUAAUGAACGCUAAGUUCGACGAAAUUAAUCAAGCACAUCAAAAAGCUCACGCAACACAUUUGGAAAACUUCCAGCUCGCUGUUGCACAGUUGAAAAAUUAUUUGGAACAGGGGGAGAAUAUCUUGAAGAGGAAUAUCAAUGCUGAAAUUCUGCAAACGAAGCCAAUGAUUAUUGGACGCUGCGAGGACCUUUUGAAUGCGAAAAAGCCUGAUAUAUACAAACCACCUCGUGUUCAUUACGCAGUAGAGCAGAAAUUUGAUAUUUGGGAUCGAGUUGUUGUGAGUCAUACGGAUCCCUCAUCGACACUUGUCAAAGGUCUUUGUGAGAAGGUAGAAGAACAGAAUGAGACAUAUUUUACUAUUAUCACGAGGGAUUUAGAGGAAAGACAGAGUUAUAAUGAUGAUGACAUAAACUGUGAAAUUCGCACUUCAACAGGGGAUAGCUUAAGAAAGGAUCUUAAGAUUGAAGACGCGGAAGAUGGUAGUUAUACAAUUAAAUACACACCAGAUCAUAUUGGAUUAUAUGACGUAAAAAUUGAAAUAAAUGGACAGCCGCUGGAUGGAAGUCCGUGGACUGUUCAGGUCAUUCCUCAUCAGUAUCAGUUGAAGUUCAGCUUUGGUUCAUGUGGCAACAGAGCAGGGAAUUUUAAUUAUCCUUGCGGUGUUGCUGUGAGUGAGAAAACAGGAACUAUAGCCAUUUCUGAUUAUUCGAAUAAUAGAAUUCAGCUGUUUAGCUCCAACUGGAACUACCUUAAUGAAAUACGACUGGGGUCUUCAUGCUCGUCUGUAAGCUUUACUGAGUCCGAUCAAAUUAUUUCCGCUACCCCUCAUGAUGUUAAUAAGAUUUGUCUCUUUGCUAAAGACGGCAAGUUUGUCCAGCACAUCAACAGUAAGCACUUGCAGUGUCCUUCUCACAUAUCCAUCGGAAAAGAUGAUUCCAUUACCAGUAGUGAUCCGAUAAACCAUGUCUUCGAGGUCAUCUCCCCCGACGGGACAAAAUUACUAAAACGCUUCCGUGCCUCAGAACAUCAUGAUUCAAUAAAGUGCGCAAUCUACCACGAGCAGAAAUUCUUUGUCUCUGAUUGUAAGGCUCACCGUGUUGGUGUUUAUGACGAGGACGGAAUAUUGCUGUAUGAUAUUGGCAGCAAGGAGUCUGGCGACGGACAUCUUGCUCACCCCAGUGGACUAGCAAUUGACACAUUCAACAAUUUGCUCGUCUGUGAUGUUGGGAAAAGUUCAGUUCAGGUAUUCACACGAGACGGAAAGUUUGUGUCGAUGUUUGGACUGUCUUCAUUUGCACCGAAUUAUGUUGCGGUGUCUAAAAAUGGAGAUGUUUUUGUAACUGACCAUGUGAACCACUGUGUUCAUGUCUUUCACUAAGUAAAGGUUGUAACGGAGUUAAAAGUUUUUAUGGUUAGUCCUCCAGUUUUCAUUUUACGCGACAAGUGUUAUGUCACUUGUCAUUAUUAGCUGUCUCGUAUUUUUUUCUUGUAUAUUAUUAAUACGUAAUCACAUGAUUUUUCUCG